AUGCGCCGACUGGCGCACAGUCUGCCGGAAAUCCACAAGAAGAAGAAGAAGACCGCGCUUGUUUCCUCCGGACGGUUGUUCGGGGCGCACCACGGCCUUUCGAUGGAUCUGUCCGGUGCCUCAGAGAAAAGCAAAGCGAUGGCAGCGAAACUCAACGCUCUCACAAGUGACUCCUACAUCGACAUCAGCCAGUACCGGGACCAGCACUUUAAGGGAAACCGCUACGAACAGGAGAAGCUACUGAAGCAAAGCAACACGCUGUAUGUGGGAAACCUGUCCUUCUACACCACCGAGGAGCAGGUCCAUGAACUCUUUGGUAAAUGUGGAGACGUGAAGCGCAUCAUCAUCGGCCUGGACAAGAUCAAGAAGACGGCCUGCGGCUUCUGCUUUGUGGAAUACUACAACCGCAACGACGCGGAGAACGCCAUGCGCUUUGUGAACGGGACACGGCUUGACGAUCGCAUCAUCCGCACGGACUGGGACGCCGGCUUCAAGGAGGGGAGGCAGUACGGGCGCGGCAAGUCUGGAGGACAGGUCAGAGACGAGUAUCGACAGGACUAUGAUCCGGCACGAGGAGGAUACGGCAAACUGGCUCAGCAGCAGAGGCCAACAGAGGCACGCAACACCUUCUAA